GAGACUUACUAGCUCAUCCAAAAGUGUUACUGUUUAUUACCCAUGGAGGAUUAAUGAGUAUAAUUGAAACUAUUCAUUGCGGCAAACCUGUCGUAGGCAUCCCUAUGUUUGGUGAUCAACCCAUCAAUAUAAGAUUUUUAGAACAAAAAAAAGUUGCAGUGUAUGUAGAAUAUGAAGAUUUAAACAUUGAAUAUUUUUAUGGAGCUAUUAAAACUGCAUUAUCUGAUAAUUUCAGAAAAAAUAUGAAAAAGCUUCAACUGCAGUAUUUUGAUCGACCUCAGACUCCGUUAGAAACUGCAAUUUAUUGGGCCGAAUAUGUAAUUCGAAAUCGUGGAGUAUCGCCCAACUUAUUAAAAACCAACCAACAUAAUUUAUGUUGGACUAAAACUUACUUACUCGACGUAGUUGCUUCUUUAAUUUUUUUUAUAACUUUAACAUGUUAUGUUACAUUUUAUGUACUGAAUAAAAUUAUUAUAAAUAUGCGACAAUGGUUUGAAGACUCAAGCAAUAAAUAAUUAUCUUAUAAUUAUAAUUUUCAGUACAUUUGACUUCAGGUAAAUUUAAAUUACUUAUUAUUUACGCCGUGGUUGGUUCAUUUUUAACUUUAAAAUGCUAUAACUUUUUGAAGAAUUUAUGGAUCAAUAUAACUUUUUUUUAUAUAGAUGCAUAAUAUCAUUACCUUUCAUUUGGUAUAUUUUUUUCAUAAAUUUAACCCUUAACCUGCCCACAAGGGGAGAUUCAAAAUGACAACUUUUUCACAAAAAAUUUACUUUUUCAACUUAAAUUUUGAAAGUGUUCCGGAAGGUCUGACACUUUUUUAUGUAUCUUAUAUUAAAGAUUUGUAUGAAUGUAAUAUACUUUACUAUGGAAAAAAAAAUUUGACCUCUGGACUUGUCUUCAUGGUGAAAAUGGCUACCAAAUGCUAUUUUUGUGUGAAAAUUCUCGAUUUUAUUUUUUACAUUUCUAACUUUAUAAUGCUAUGACAUAUUGAAAAGUGUAUGGAUCAACAUUAUUUUUUUAUGAGAAAUAUUAUUUUUUAAUAAACCCUUUUUCAUUUAAUUAGGAUAUUAAUAAGGAACUAGCACAUCAUAUAGCUUUUGGAAUAAUCCACCAAUUUUUUUAAAAUUAAACACAAUCUAAAGAUUUGCAUCGAAGCGUUUAUUUUUGAUAGUGAUUUUAAUCACUGUCAGAUAUCAUUAUACUUGAUCCUACUAUGCCACGUCACCACUGUGCCGCGACCCCCCUGUGCUGGGUUGUUUUAAUUUUAUAAUGCUAUGACUUUUUGAAAAAUAUAUGGAUCAAAAUAAUUUUUUAUGAUAAAUACUAUUUAUAAACCUCUUUCAUUCAACAUACCAUACC